AUGGUGUGCGGCGAGAAGUCUGUCGACCGGUUUCGGCAAGACAUCUUCAACCCAUUCUCAAUAGUAUCGUCUAUCCGUCCACGGACGCGCAAACCAAAGAAAAGCCCGGCGGAAAAGAGUAGCAGCGGCCCGGCACAACAGAGUGCCUCCGCGGCGGCCCUCGCCGACGACAAGCGACCCCGGACGGCGUUCAGCGGGCCCCAGCUGGCACGAUUAAAGCACGAGUUUGCCGAGAAUCGGUACCUUACCGAGCGCCGUCGCCAGCAGUUGAGUGCGGAGCUGGGGCUGAACGAGGCACAGAUCAAGAUCUGGUUCCAGAACAAGCGCGCCAAAAUCAAGAAAUCGUCCGGCCAGAAGAACCCACUCGCCCUCCAGCUGAUGGCCCAGGGUCUGUACAAUCACUCGACCGUCCCGUUGACUCGCGAGGAGGAGGAACUGCAGGAGAUGCAGGCGGCAGCAGCGGCGGCAGCCGAAUCGCGCACCGGAUCGGCCGGCCCGGCAGCUUCCGCGACGGUAGCGAAUGCGUAAUCUCCGUUCCACAAAGGGCAUCGGACCCUGAUCGGACUGACAAAAACCCUCCUUUGUUGCAUCACUUUAAACACUAUUUAUUAAUCGUACUCCCAGGGUCCGCGAGAUGUAGGUGCAUAACAGAGGGAUAGAGAGAGGGGAAGAGGAGAACGCAUGAGAAACCAUGGCAAUAUGAAGCGUAGCGCAAGCGUGCGCAAGAAGCGAAAUAUCUGUGAUAACUAAAUAAUUGACUACUGUAGUGACUAGUACCAUGGCAUGUAGCAAGUAGGCACAUCAUAUGUUUGACCCUUGUGUUCCGUGCAGUGCAGUGGGCAAUGUGUGUACAGAUAAUCUUUAGCUGCUAGUGUAUGGUUCUGUUUUUUUAUUAUUAUUUAUUAUUCUUAAAGAGAAACGCAAAGGAAAAGCUGCUCCUUCUUCUCCUCAAACCUAAACCCGACCAUACAAACACGAUUAGCCCUGCUGUAAAUGAACUUAUUAAAACCAAAUCGUCCUAUUAUUCAGACACACACACAACAAGCGUUCCGAGCGAUAAAACGCAAACCAAAAUUAAGUCAUAUCUAGUUGGAAAGGAGUCCCGGUAUCACGAAUGUUCAGGUAGUCAGGCCCGAAAACUUGUGUUGUUUGUGAAAUUCGUCUCUUUCUAUGAACUUUUACCUUAUCGUGUGGAAAAGUGUAGGCCACCAUCACAACCACCAGCACAAUCAUCCGUUGAAUGUAAUCCUUUCCUUCCAGAACCGAGGCAACGCAGAAGCGAAAAGAAAGCGUUUGAUUACAGCGCGUGGUUGGGUGCACAGUGCAGGCAAACGAGAAAAGCAAGAAAUUGCAGGCGCUGCUGCUGCUUGGCUGGUGUGGUUUGGCAAGUUUGGAGGCAAACACCCGUAACUUGGAAGUAAUAAAAUAUUCAUAGUUCAAUUAAAA